GGCUUGCCGGAAUACGGGUUGGAUGUGAUGUAUUAGCGUGCAGCAUGGUUUCUGAUGUGUGCUUAUCAUGAGGGCUGGCAACAAAAAUGCUGUUUAUUAUAAAAUAGAAAUUCAUCUUGUAGUUUGAGUUAUUAUUUUUUUAUUUAACGCUUGUUGUUUAAUUUGUUUAAUCUCUUGAAAAAUGGGGAAAAGUAAGACUAAAAAUCAGAAGAAGGCACGUGUAGCUGCGAAUCACGUGGCCGAGGAGACGUACGCGAGCGUGCCGCACUCCUUCGUCUUUCACCGUGGCCUGAUCGGGAAGAACGUGGAAGAGCUAAUGAUGGACAUGCGGCGUGUCAUGGAGCCGUACACGGCCCAGUCCUUAAAGGUUCGAAAGAAAAACGUCUUGAAAGAUUUUGUGACCGCAGCAGGACCGCUGGGAGUCACGCACUUCCUCGUCUUCACCAAAACUGAGAACAGUGUUAACUUGAGACUGGCACGACUUCCUAAAGGCCCCACUGUCCAUUUCCAGGUUACAAAGUACACCCUGAUCAAGGACGUGGUUUCGUCUCUGAAGAGGCACAGGAUGCACGAGCAGCAGUUUACUCACCAUCCUCUGCUGGUGCUGAACAAUUUCGGGACGGAGGGCAUGCACAUCAAACUGAUGGCUACCAUGUUUCAGAACAUGUUCCCUUCCAUCAACGUGCACAGGGUCAACCUGAACACCAUAAAGAGGUGUGUGUUGGUGAAUUACGAUCCUGCGUUGCAAGAAAUCGAGUUUCGGCAUUACAGUCUGAAGGUGGUCCCUGUAGGCAUGAGCAAAGGCGUGAAGAAGCUUUUGCAGGAGAAGUUCCCCAACAUGAACAAACUGGAGGAUAUCAGUGAGCUGCUUCUCAAGGGUGUGAACCUUUCAGAAAGCGAAGCAGAGCAGGACGGCGAGCACAACAUCACCGAGCUGCCCCAGGUGUAUUCGGGCCGCGGGAACAUGAGGGCGCAGCAGAGCGCCGUCCGACUUACUGAGAUUGGCCCCAGAAUGACCCUGAAGCUGGUAAAGAUUGUGGAAGGCAUGGGAGAGGGCAACGUUCUGUAUCAUUCUGUUGUGACAAAGAGUGAGGAGGAGAUUCGGGAGAUCCUGAAGAGGAAGGAGGCGCGUCUGAAGGAGAAAGCAGAACGAAGGAGGAAGCAGGAGCAGAAUGUAGCCCUGAAGAGGGACAAACGAGACGAAAACAAAAAAAGGAGUCUGGAUGGAAUGAAGAGGAAAUGGCAGCAGGAAGGGGCUGCUUCAGAUGACAGUGAAGUGGAGGAUCCUGGGAUGCAGGACAACCAGCCUGAGGCUGAGGAGUCAGAAGACGAGGCCGAGUAUUACAGACAGGCUGUUGGGGAGGAACCGGAUGAAGACAUGUUCCCCACUGCAAAGAGGAAACAUGCCCCAGGCAGGUCACAGAUGCCCUUUAAGAAGAGGAAACUGUCCAGAGCUCAUGGGGAAGAAAAAGCACAUCGAUCCAAACCUACGGGCAAGGCUUCUUUUGGUGAUAAGAACUUUGCCGGUAGGAAGUUUGGCUGGAAGAACACUGGAAAAAACGCCUCUGGAAGCAGAGGAUUUAAAGCAGGAAAAAUGUCAGGGGCCGGCAACCGGUUUGGGAAGAAUAAAGGAGGAAAAAGGUUCGGAGGAAAGCAAGGGGAAAGGUUUGGGGAAAAGAAAAGUGGGCCAAAAGGUUUAAAGGGGAAAGGACAAAGAGCGAAAACCGGCUCUGCGUUUAAAGCAGGUCCAAGAGGAAGACCAGGAAAGAAAGACUUCAUGAAGAAGAAAGAGAAAAGGUGGAGUCUCAGUAAAAUGAACAGAACCAGCAGUUGUAACAGUACAUUUUCUAAGGACUUGUUACCUCCUAUCUACGGUGUGGAGAUGUGUGUGGCACUGGUGGGGAACAUACUGGCACUGUCGCUGCUUGUGACUAAGGAGAGAAAGAACUGGCACACAGGAGUGGUGUUUUCCUGCAACCUGAUCAUCAGUGACAUUUUUUACGCCCUCACUCUUCCUCUUCUCAUCGUCUACUAUUCAAGAGGACGGGUCUGGGGAUUUGGUGAAGCUCUCUGCAAAAUAGAGCGUUUUCUCUUCACCUGUAACCUCUAUGUCAGCAUUUACUUCAUCAUGUGCAUCAGUGUUAAUAGAUACCUGGCCAUCGUUCAUCCAUUUUUCACACGCACACACAUUCGCCCAAAACACGCCAAGAUCAUCAGUGUGUUCGUCUGGAUAUUUGUUGCAAGCAUUUCAUCUCCAGUCCUCUACUAUUCAGGUCUGAAUCAGGACAGAUGUUCCUUAUUUGCAAAUGACAACAGUAAAGCACUAGUAAAACCACCUAGUAAGACAACCAAUAGAUUGUUUAUGGCUGUUACAGGCUGUUUGGUCCCUUUUGUAGUUACUUUUGCAUCAUAUAUUGGUGUUUUGUGGGUGGUUUUUAAAAAUGCAAAUAUCACCUUGUUGGAGAAGAGAAAAGUUGCCCUGAUUGUAGGUUUAGUCUGCAUCUUGUAUGCCGUGUCUUUUGUCCCCUUUCAUAUUCUCCAAAUAUGGAAUUUUAAACUGAGGGAAGAAAAAAAGACUAAUUGUUAUGUGCGUAAUGGAUUCCAAGUGUCAAAGGCAUUAGCCGGCCUGAACAUGUGCCUUCAUCCCAUCCUGUACAUGGCUGUGUUUGACAGUAUCAGGGCAGUGUGCUGCAAAAGGAGCUCAGACGUAUCAAAUGAAAAAAUCACAGAUGCAGAACGCUUGUCGAAGGACCUUGAAUUGAAAUCCAGAGACUGAGACUACACAACAUUUUGUUUUGUGUUGAUUUGGAUGUAUGUUUGGAAUCAUUAUCCUGUUGAAUGUUCAGUGGUCAAAUCUUAACCUUCUGGAAGACAACCAGCUUGAGGGCUAAACUGCGACUCUAGUUAGUAGAAUUCAGUUUAUUCAAGAAUUACACACUCAACAAUCACAAGAUGUAAAACAAUCUCAAAGGUAAAUGUUGUACCUCCAUAUUUUAUUUUGCACAGAGUUUGGGGGAUUUUCGUUAGUAUGUUCUUGCUACUGUCGACAGUCAUGUUGAUGGCCUGCAUGGCCAAAAAAAAUGUUUCAAACUGAUUCAGAUGGUAGAUAAAGUGAUUCCUCUAAAUAUCAUGUUGUUGUUUUGUUUUAUUUGAAAUAAAUGUAUAGAAUUUUCAGAAAAAA